ACACGAAGAAGAGAAGGAAGGGACGGUCUUGUUUUUGGAGCUGCUACACGCAGCAGGCCCGCUGCCGAAAUGCGCAUCGAAAAGUGUUAUUUCUGUUCGGGACCAGUGUACCCCGGUCACGGGGUUAUGUUUGUACGAAACGACUGCAAGACUUUCAGAUUCUGCAGAUCCAAAUGCCACAGGAACUUCAAGAAAAAGCGUAACCCAAGAAAAACAAGAUGGACUAAAGCAUUCAGAAAGGCAUCUGGGAAAGAGCUGACAGUUGACAACGCUUUGGAGUUUGAGAAACGCAGAAAUAUUCCUGUUAAGUACAACAGGGAGCUGUGGAACAAGACAGUGGACGCAAUGAUGAAGGUGGAAAAAAUAAAACAGAAACGACAGGCACAGUUUAUCAUGAACAGGUUGAAGAAGGGCAAAGAGUUGGAGAAAGUAGAGACCAUCAGCGAAGUGAAGAAAAACAUUCACCUCAUCAAAGCACCACAUGCAGGAAAGGCCAAACAGUUGGAAGACAAAAUGGUGCAAAGAUUACAAGAAGACAUGGAAGUUGGGGAUGAAGAUAAUUUAUCUUAAAUCCAAAUGUUUUGUUUCUUUGGGUAAACUUCAGUUAUUUUAUUUUUUUCAAUUGGUGUGUUUCAACUUUGAAUUUGAUCUGGCUGUGAAAGGACAAUAGUGUACCUGCUAAGAAAACCCUUCCUGUUUGUUUUUUUUUUGGGAUGUGGAGCCUUAUUCAUUCUGUGAUCUAAAAUCAUCAGGUUGCACUUAGGAAACGGUAUAAAAUGUCCAAAUCAACAAUAAAUGUUUGUUUUAGUGGAAAA